CCCAUACAAUUGCCGGCCUUGAUGACUACAUCGCCAGUGUCUACUGGGCAGCGGCUACCAUGUCGUCAACAGGUUACGGUGAUAUCCACGCCCACAACAUGGAAAGCCAGCUGAUUGCUACAACGGUCAUGCUCACUGGGCUGUUGCUUUAUGGAUACUGCCUUAGUAGCAUUGCUGCUACUCUUGCUAAUUCAGCGGCCCCAAAGGUGGAAUUCUUUGCACGCAUGAGAGCCGUGCAAGAAUUUAUGGCAGAGCAAAAUCUUAGCCGGACACUCAUGGAGAGAACCGAAACUUAUCUGGCGAUGCUGUGGAGAGUACACAGGGGCGAGGCAACUCCUGGAGGAAAGCGCUUAAUUGAAGAUAUGCCUUUGUCUCUCCAAAUGGACGUUACUUAUGAAGAAGCGAAGGACUAUUUGGAAAAGGUUCCGAUAUUCAUGGAAACCGACCCCGAAUUUUUGCGACAGUUAUCUCUGAAAGUUAUUUCAUAUCUAUUCUCCCCUGGCGACUACAUUGUGUACGCGGGUGAUAUGGGUAGAGAGAUGUACUGUGUCAGGCGCGGUAUGGUUGAGGUUAUCGCAGAUGAUGACAAGGGCCCCACUUUUUCCACUGUAGUCUCUACUUUAGGACCUGGGGCCUACUUUGGCGAGAUUGGCCUUAUCUUCGGCGAGAAUCGCUUGGCCACUGUAAAGGCAAAAACGUUUUGUGAAAUUUUGAUGCUGACCAAACCAGAUCUUGAUGAUGUGUUAGUUGGCUUUCCUACUGUGGCAAGACAAAUCUAUGAUGCUGGAGAGAACAAAGAGCAUCUUAGAGACGUCCGUCAAGCAGCUUUUGAAUCCACCAAGGCCGCCGUCAGACGCUUGACUUUGAAAUGUGCUGAUCAAGAAAGGUCGUUUGUAGAAAUGUCUGCAAGCUCUCGGAAGUACAAAAAAAAGAAAGGAGGGCGUGUGUCACCGGAAGUGAGCACUAUGCAGACAGGUCUUAUGUCUAUGACGAAGGAAAUUGAAGAGGAUAUCAACAAACCAUAUAAUGAUCUUCAUGCUAUCCUUUGGCUGUUUUCUUGGCUGCUAAUGAGACGUUCCAUCUCGCCGGACAGCUAUUACUUUGUCAUUUGGCAGGGAUUGUCUCUUGUGAUUGCAGGAAUUUUUACCUUCACACUGACAUUACAGGCGGCUUUCUUGCAUACUGCUACCAGUUUAUGGAUCAUUAAUUACUGCUUUGACUUCCUGUGCUUGGUAGACAUGUACAUUAAAUUUCACUUAGCGUUUUACAACGAAAACAACGUGCUUGUCACACAUCCGCUUUAUACUGCUCGUAAUUACCUCAGGAGGAAUUUUCUGCUGGAUCUACUCUGCUCAUUUCCUACUGACUUUAUCGUGUUGGCUAUCUGGCCAGAAAGUCUCGGCGUUUUUCGUAUAUUAGCCUUGUCUCGUCUAAACAGAUGUCUCUACAUGUACAAAGUGCAACAGUUUUUCCACUUCAUGACAAAUUCUAUCGGGAAGAAUACGAACCUAUUGGGGCAGCUUAAGGUGGCUCUGUAUAUGACAACAUUCACUCACUGUAUAGCUUGUGGUUGGUUUCUGCUAGCUUGUAAAGGACUUGAAAACGGAGAUCAUUUCUGCGCGGCGGAUUCUUGGGUAGAGCAAAAGAGUCGAGCAUUAGCAAUCAAAAGCUUUGGAGAACAGUAUUUAACCAGUCUUUACUGGGCAGCGGCUACCUCGGCCUCGGUUGGUUACGGCGACAUCCACGCACAUAACACGAUAGAGAUGACCUUUGCUCUGAUUUGCAUGAUCAUUGGGAUUGUGUUCUAUGGUUACAUCAUCGCCAGUGUUGCCGCUGGCCUGGCUAACGCUGACGCACAGCGGGCUCGAUACCAAGAAAGACUUGAUGCCAUCAAAACGUUUCUGGAGGAACAAGAGAUAUCUGAAAAACUAACAACACGAAUUAUAAGCUAUUACGAAUAUCUCUGGCUGAGAAACAAAGGAGUCGACGCUAGUUCUUUGUUUGAGGGUCUGCCACUGUCUCUGCAAGCCGACAUCUCCGUGAGCCUGUACAAAGACAUGAUUGAAAGGGUACCGUUAUUCGAGGGAACAGAGAUCGGUUUCUUGAAGAUGCUAUCCACGAAAGUGAAGCCAGUUUACUUUCUUGCCAAAGAGUAUAUAGUACGGAAGGGCGAUAUAGGGCAAGAGAUGUAUUUAAUCCACCGAGGCACAGUAGAAGUGGUAUCUGAACACGAGGAACCGAUUGUAUUUGACACCAUGGGAGAAGGAAGAUUUUUUGGAGAGAUCAGCGUUGUAUUUAGUUGCCCCAGAACAGCUUCUAUCAGGGCGCAAACAAAUUCCGACGUGUUUGUGUUAAAAAAAAAAGACCUGGAUGAAGUACUCAGUCACUAUACACAGAUCCGUAAGAAAAUCCUGGAAACAGCGGAGGAAAGGCAGAGAAUGGUGGCUGAGCGUGCAAAGGCUUUUGCCAAGAAGAAGGAGGAAGACAAGAAAAGAGAAGAGGAAAACAAACUCAAGGAAAAAGAAGAGGGUAACAAUGACCAGGCCGCCCUGACGCUUGAGAUCGAGGAACCCGCAGAGCCUACACCAACCACUAGACAGCGGAUUCUUGCCAGUUUAAGGAACUUUAAAGCCCGUUUGGCAGACAUGUUUGUCCACUUUGUGAUCUUACCCGACAGCAAGUGGAGGCUCAUCAAAUAUGUGAACUGCGUAUUUGUGUUUCUUACCACACUUUCCAUUACCUAUAUGGCUGCCUUCCAAGAUCAUCCCUGGUAUCUGAUUGCAUUUAACUACUUAUGCGAGUUCUCAUUUUACGUCGAGGUAUAUCUUAGUUUCCACAUGGCAUACACCAAUAACAUUGGUGAAGUGAUUUCUGAUGGAAGAAGACUGCUUAUCAACUACGCAAAGGGAAAGCUACCACUGGACUUUCUGGCUUCAUUUCCAAUCGAUCUUUUCGCUUUGGCUGCGCCCGCGGACGAACAGCUGUUUGUGUUGUCGUAUCUGAGGCUUCUUCACUUGCUUCGCGUGGUUCGAAUGCAACAAUUUUUCUCUGAGUUAGCGAAGAGGUUGAAUAUCGAUGUUUUCAAAGUGCGCAUGACUAAGUUCUUCUUCCAGCUGGUCAUAGUUAUUCAUGUAUUUGCAUGUGCUUGGUACUACCUGGGCUGUCCGCUCAAUGAAUGCAUGGCUGAGGAUAACUGGAUCACUCUUGGAGGUCUUGUACACGCGCCUGCUCUAUCUCGCUACUGUACAGCGGUAUACUGGGUUGUCGCCACUAUGACAUCCACGGGUUAUGGAGACAUUUACGCCAAUUCCUCUUCUGAAAUGGCUCUGGCAAGUUUUAUAAUGGUUUUUGGAAAGCUUCUUUUUGGUUUUAUCCUUGGUAAUAUUGCUUCCACUUUGGCAAACGCUGAGAUUAGACGAGUCAAGUAUGAAGAGAAGCUAGAUGCCAUUCAGGCGCACAUGUCAGACCAAGACAUCCCAGAAGCUCUACAAAAUCGAGUGAUGAACUUUUAUGAGUUUAUCUGGAAUAAAAACAAGGGAAUUGAUCACAGUACUCUGUUCUAUGACAUGCCUCUUUGCAUGAGUGGUGAAUUAUGUUUAGGAAUGGUUAAGGAUAUUCUCUAUUCGGUUCCUCUCUUCGAAAAUACUGAACUACCUUUCAUUCGCUUGUUGAGUACCAAAGUUAAGCCUGCCCACUUCCACGCCAGUGAAUACAUCGUGCGGAAGGGAGACAUUGGACAGGAAAUGUUUAUCAUUCGAAAGGGAUUGGUGGAGGUUGUCACCGAGGAAGACCCACCAGAGGUCAUUGAAACGUUAGAGAAAUGCGACUUCUUUGGAGAAAUUUUCUUGAUUCACGCCUGUCCCCAAAAAAUGUCUCUUCGUGCAGUAACGCAUGUAGAUAUGCUAAUCCUUAGUAAAGGAGAUCUGGAUGCUCUGCUUGUCCAUGAUGUCAAUGUUGCUGCACAGGUCAGCGAAGUAGCCGAUAGACUAUAUGCUUCUUCAUGUAAAAUCAAAUGAAAAGUUUACUUGAACACGACUAUCAAUCCCCUCUCGUUAUUUACUUUUCUUACCAUAUUAAUAUUCCAAACAAACUUCCUCACAAUCCUUUUUGAUAUUAGUUUAAGUGUAUAUUCACCUUUGGAGAUUUUUUGGAAACUAACUUCUUUAUCGUUGGCAUCUCACGUUCUUUAUUUCUGUAUGAAUAAUUUCUGUGUUUUCUAUGAAUUAAAACU